AUGAUGGGAGUCUCCAAGAGAGCCGGUCUUUUCACCCUGACUUGGGUGCUAUUGUCACUCUUCGCCAAUGCCGCAGCAGCCGCCGGCGUGAAGAGCAUUUUCCUCUUCAAGGAUGUUCUCCAGUCGAACACCACAGCUCUCAAGACCUCCGGCUUCGACACCCUCCUCAUCUUCCGUAUCGGUCUCCUCGGCAAUGGCGAUCUCGUCUACUACUCAACAGGAGACGCAGGCGAGGCAGUCGACGCGCCCGUGGUGACGAAUGGCUCAUAUGUUGGUGGAACCGCGUUGGCGGAAAAGGUUAAAUCCUUCAAGACGGGCACAACCAACAUCAACAGGGUGGAGAUAUCGCUGGUGUCACAUGACACGACAUUUCAGAUCAUCCGCGAUUUGAUCAACGCAGACGGGACAGGAUCUGACACAAAGUUGUACAAGAACUUUGAGGUUCUGAAGGCCGAGUGGGAUCUUGACGCAUUCAACAACGACGAUGAGGGCGUCUAUGACGUGGCGAGCACAGUCAGUUUUGCUAAGAUGCUUGGAAAGAUGGGUUACCAGUAUUCUAUUGCGCCGUACACCAACAGUGGCUUCUGGGCGAACGUCAGAACACAAGUUGAAUCCGCGAACCCUGGUCUGUUCGAUAGGGUGUACCUCCAAGUCUACGACGGCGGAGCUGGCAACAAUCCUGGAACGUGGCAGACGACCCUCGGCAUGAAGGUGAUCCCUCUUGUGUGGGUAGUCAAUGACGCAAAGCCGUCUCAAGGAACGACUGCGACUCAAGCCCAGCAACGAUUUGCAAGCUGGUUCUCGCAAUACGUGGUGGCGGGCGGUGGGUACUGGAACGAUUACGAUAUUGAGAAGAUGGGCUCGUCUUACACGGAUUACGGAGCUGCACUUACUAGUGUCUUCUAA